UGUCGGUCUCGCCGACGACGAACAUGGAGAGGGUAGAAGAGACAAGCAACUGUGGCUACUCCUUUAACAAGACGGAGGCGAAUGAGAAUGGAGGUUGGGCUAAGGGGGACCCCGGAGACCAUCACAGCGACCCUCCGAGGUGUCUACAGAACUGCAGAGAGCAGUUCCUCGAGCAGGUGUCGCAUGAUUACAUCGAGGACUUCGCCAAGGCGUGCGCACCUCUCACCAAAGAUGGCCCCAACCAAGGCCUCUGGCCGCUGUACUGGUGCGACUCGACAUUCUGCGGCGUAUACAUAGACAGGAAUGGUCCUCUAGGCCAAGAUCCGAAUGUCGAUCUGGUCAUCAAUCAGUGUCAAAGCGUUGGUUACUAUUCCAUCAUUGACCCAGGGCCGCCGGCACCGAAUUACUCCUGUUCGACGUACCCAAAGCCGCCAUAUGGCGCGACGGGGAAACAUAGCAAGCUGCACGGGUCGACACAGACAACUAUCUCUGCCAGUAUAUCGAAGACGUCUACCCCGGCAUCCAUCUCGGCGUCUACCCCUGAAUUCACCCCAGGAUUCACCCCCGCCGUUUCAAUCCUCGCAACACAGAGCGGGAUGCCGACAGCGCCUUCCGGAGCCGAGCAGACACUCCCCUUCUCAUCAGUCGCCCCGCCGGUGCCAACCGCAGCUCCCAACGCCGACCUCUCAACCGGUGCCAAGGCCGCGAUCGCAACAUGUUCGGGCCUGGGCCUGCUAGCCCUGAUAAGCCUCACCCUAUUCCUCCUCCGGUGGCGCAACAGGGGGAAGGCAGCGCGCCCGCCCGGCGUCAAGGACCGGAUCCGGCUCUGGCGCGACGACCCGCGGCAGCCGCCCGGCAGCUCCCCGCAACGGCUGAUCUCGCCCGCCCAGUCGACGACCAGCAUGCGCUCCGCCCUGACCCCGCCGCUCCGGCUCCGCGACAGGAAGUUCCUCCUCCCGGCCAUCCUCUUGCGGCCGGCCGGCGGCAACAACAACAACAGUAACCGCCCCCCGUCGCCGCCGCUGACGCCCCUGACCCCGGUCAACAGCUACCCCGGCGGCGGCGUCUUCCCCUCGUCACCCAUCUGCUCGCCCACCACCAACAGGCUGGUGCCGCGGCGCGAGCCCGCGCCGAGGACAAACCACCAUCACCACCACCAGCAGGCCGCCCGCUCCUCCCACAGCCGCUCCCGCGGCAGCCUGAGCGGCGGCAGCAUCGCCCCCUCGACAAAAUCCGCCACCUCCAUCUCCGCCACGGCACAGUCGUCGUCGUCGCUGCGGAACGAGACCCUCCCGGGCACGUCAUCCCUCUCCCUCUGCCAAUCCCAGUCCCAGCAACAGCAGCAGCAGCCGACCCGCCCCCCGAGACCCCACGAAACACCUCUGGAGAUACCGGACCUCGUCACGCCCACGACCAGGCCGGGGCCGCCGCCUACCAAGGCCCUACCACCGCCGCCGCCACCGCCACUGCUGCCGCCGCCGGUCGUGGUGUCAGGCCCGGCCGCGGCGGCAAGGCAGGCGGCGACGACGGUUGGGUUUGGGGCGGUGGGGCGCGGGCCUAGCUGGGGGAGCUGGGAGGGGGGGGCGGGUGGGGCCGGGGAGAUGGCCGCGGCGCAGGGGAUUGGGAUCGCGAUCUCCCCGCCGGAGGGUGGGGUGUAUUCGCCGAGGGAGACGUGGGGGACUGGGGGGGAGUUCGGGUCCGUGUCGUCGGUGGGUGAGGGGUUUGAGGAUGGGUCGAGCAGGGUGUCGGUGCUGAGGGAGGAGGUGCUUGAGCGACUGGGGGCGGCGUAUUGA